AUGGUAACAGGACCAUGUGACGGUAAUUCGGUCAUUGCGAGAUUUUUCAUGCCACCGAUGUUUUUAGGUGAGGUGCAGGAAGGAUUGCGGGUUGAGGUUCAGGUUAUUAAUUUACUACAUCUACGUACCACUUCAGAGGAGACACGAAAUCUGAAUAUACCAAGCUAUUUCUCAAUCGAUUUCAUCAGUGCAAGACAACCGGUAGUCUGGAUAACUGGUCAUGAAGUAAGUCUUGCAACAGCAGGCCUAACAUUGGGAAUGCCGAAAGCUUUCGAUUUACCUGCAAAGAAAGAUGAGUUUUUAAAUUAUACAAAUACUCAUCCAGAUAGAUUAUGGGUAAAGAAAAAUAACGAGCAUCGAGGUAUCAGAAUCCAAAACAUCAAAGAGCUCAAUCUUUUGGAUAACGAUUCAUUCAUUCAAGAAUACAUAUCACAUCCAUUUCUCUUCGAUAAUCGUAAAUUUGACAUCGGUAUUUAUACGGUAAUUACAUCGGUUUUACCGCUUCUUGUAUACAUUUAUGAAGAAGAUGUGCUGCUACGCUUUUGUUCUAAAGAUUACGAACCAUUCGAUGCCAAUGAUGUUGAUAAAUAUGUUGUCGGCGACAACUAUACACCACUUUGGCAGAUGCCACCAUUAAAGAAGUAUUACGUUGAGCAACAAAUGACUUUUCAACAUACCUUCAAUGCAUACCUUGUCGAACUAGGCAAAGAUCUGAGUUUAAUUUGGAAUCGUAUCAAAGAAAUUAUUGCUGUUCAAAAUAAAAUGCUCGCUACUGAAGCGAAUUUUGCUGAUAAAAGACCAUUCUUUGAACUGAGUCGCUUUGAUUUCGCACUUGAUAAAGAUCUGAAUGUUUAUUUGAUGGAGGCGAUGUCGCCAAACUUAUCAUCAGGGCAUUUUAUAUUAAAUAAACUGCUUUAUGAGCAAGUAAUCAUUAAUGCACUCUCAUUGGUUGGCAUUGCGUCACACUUACAUGGAAUAUCCCCUGAAAAUCCAACAGCUCCAAAUGUUUCGGCAGAAAUGGCUGCAAAAAAGAACUCGAAUAUCCUACGAUCAGCUUAUGAAGAGCACAUGUCCAGGCGUAAUAUGCGUCUAAUAUUACCGCGUACGAUACAUGAACCAAAGCGUUUUAGUCCACUGCGUGGUGAACUGGAUACAUUACUCAUUCUCUUGUUUGAUAAUAAAUGCAAACAUGAUAAAACUUGGUGCUUUUGA